GGGCUGCGGGAUUGGGGAGCGACGGGCCGGGCCGGGCCCUCGGGCCCGAAGCGGCGGCGGCGGCGGUAUAAAGCCGGCGACAGGGAGCAUGUAAUGUCGGAAUGCGGAGGCCGCGGCGGCGGCAGCAGCAGCAGCAGCAGCAGCGACGACGCCGAGGACGAGGGUGGCGGCGGCGGCGGCCCCGCGGGCUCCGGCUCCCUCAGCCCGGCCCCGGCCGGAGUGUCCUCGGCGGGCCGGCUCCGUCGCGGGCUGCGCGGCGCCUCCCUCAUGGCGCGCCGGCGGCCCGAGCUGCUCUGCGGGGCCGUGGCGCUCGGCUGCGCGCUGCUCGUCGCUCUCAAGUUUACCUGCAGUCGAGCAAAAGAUGUGAUAAUACCAGCAAAGCCACCUGUCAGCUUUUUCUCCUCGAGGUCUCCGGUGCUUGACCUCUUCCAGGGGCAGCUGGACUACGCAGAGCAUGUUCGCCGGGACUCAGAGGUGGUGCUGCUGUUCUUCUAUGCUCCGUGGUGUGGCCAGUCCAUUGCCGCCAGGUCAGAGAUUGAGCAAGCAGCGGGUCAGCUUUCAGACCAGGUGUUGUUUGUGGCAAUUAACUGUUGGUGGAACCAGGGGAAAUGCAGAAAACAGAAGCAUUUCUUUUAUUUCCCUGUGAUAUAUCUGUAUCAUCGGAGUUUUGGACCAAUCGAAUACAAAGGCCCCAUGAGUGCUGUUUACAUUGAGAAGUUUAUCCGCCGGGUGAUGAAACCACUUCUCUACAUCCCAUCUCAAUCAGAAUUACUAGAUUUUCUCUCAGACUACGAGCCUGGAGUCCUCGGCUACUUUGAGUUCAGUGGCUCACCCCAGCCUCCUGGUUAUCUGACCUUCUUCACUUCAGCACUGCACUCACUAAAGAAAGCGAGAGAGAGCACGAGCAGGGGGGAAGCCCUGGUUUCUUUUAUGGAAGAAAGGCAAUUAGAAACCAAGACUGGGGUGCUGAAUUACCUAGGAACAGUACGAUUUGGGGUUAUCACAAAUAAACAUCUUGCGAAACUGGUAUCCUUAGUACACUCUGGAAGUGUGUAUUUACAUAGACAUUUCAACACAUCACUUGUCUUCCGCAGGGAGGCUGUCAACUACACGGCAGAGAACAUCCAUAAGUGGGCCUUAGAGAAUCGAGAGGCGCUGUUGCGAUGGCUGCGGCCGCACGGCGGCAAGAGCCUCCUGCUGAACAAUGAGCUCAAGAAGGGGCCGGCACUUCUUGUAUUUCUCCCUUUUAAUCCUUUAGCUGAAAGCCACCCUUUAAUAGAUGAGAUCACCGAAGUGGCCUUGGAGUACAACAACUGUCACGGGGACCAGGUGGUAGAGCGGCUCCUUCAGCACCUGCGGCGAGUGGACACCCCGGUGUUCAGGCCUCUGGCGCCUGAGCCCCCCGCGCAGCUGCCGGAGCCGCCGCUGAUCACGGCGUCCCCCUGCUGCAACACCGUGGUGCUGCCCCAGUGGCACUCUGUCUCCAGGACGCACAACGUCUGUGAGCUGUGUGUCAACCAGAGCGCGGGGGGCGUCAGGCCGAGCUCGGUCGGCAUGCCGCAGUGCAGCUUUUUUGAGAUGGCGGCAGCUUUGGAUUCUUUCUACCUCAAGGAGCAGACCUUUUAUCAUGUGGCGUCGGACAGCAUAGAAUGCAGCAAUUUUCUGAGUUCCUACAGCCCCUUCAGCUACUACACUGCAUGUUGCAGGACCAUAAACAGGGCCGUGACGGGCUUCAUUGAUUCUGGACAAGGUGUCUUUGAAACCCCGACCAUCGCAUUUUCUUCCCUCGAGAAGAAAUGUGAGGCCGAUCCCCCAGGCUCCGUUCCUCACAUUGAGGAGAACAGGUAUCUCUUUCCUGAAGUGGACGUGAGUAGCACAAACUUCACAGGCCUGAGCUGCAGAACCAACAAGACCCUGAACAUCUACCUUUUGGAUUCAAAUUUAUUUUGGUUAUAUGCAGAGAGGCUGGGGGCUCCGAGUGCCACUCGGGUGAAGGAAUUUGCCGCAAUUGUUGAUGUGAAAGAAGAGUCUCACUAUAUCUUGGAUCCAAAACAAGCUCUUAUGAAGUUCACCCUAGAGUCUUUUAUUCAAAACUUCAGCGUUCUCUACAGUCCCCUGAAAAGGCAUCUCAUUGGAAGUGACUCUGCCCAGUACCCUUCUCAGCAUCUAAUCACUGAAGUGACAACUGAUACCUUUUGGGAAGUGGUCCUUCAAAAACAGGACGUUUUGCUGCUGUAUUACGCACAGUGGUGUGGCUUCUGUCCAUCCCUCAAUCAUAUCUUUAUCCAGCUAGCUCGCCUCCUGCCGACGGAUACAUUCACUGUGGCAAGGAUUGAUGUGUCUCAGAAUGACCUUCCUUGGGAAUUUAUGGUCGACCGUCUUCCCACUGUCUUAUUUUUUCCCUGCAACAGAAAGGACCGUAGUGUGAAAUACCCCGAAGACCUUCCCAUCACCCUUCCUAAUCUGCUGAGGUUCAUUUUGCAUCACUCAGACCCUGCUUCUGUCCCCCAGAACUUAGCUAACCCUCCUACCAAAGAGUGUCUUCAGAGUGAGGCAGUCUUCCAGCAGGGGCACAUCUCCCACUUGGAGAGAGAGAUCCAGAAGCUGAGGGCAGAAAUCAGCACCCUUCAGCGCGCACAGGUGCAGGUGGAGGCCCAGCUCUCCAGUGCGCGCAGGGACGAGCACCGGCUGCUCCGGCAGAAGCAGACCCUGGAGAAGCAGCACAGCCUGCUCCAGCUGCACAGCCAGCAGCUGCAGGCCCUGUACGAGCAGAAAACCCGCGAGCUCGAGGAGGUGGCCCGUAAGCUCCAGGAGCUGGCCGAUGCCUCGGAAAACCUCCUCACCGAGAACACGUGGCUCAAGAUCCUGGUGGCAACCAUGGAGCGGAAGUUGGAGGGCAAGGACGGAGCCGAAAGCCUUCCUCCCCCACAGGAGGUCGGCUCUGACCACCCCGAGCCCCCAGGCCCCCCCCGGCUACCUGGCAGCACCCCUCUGCCUUCCAACAGCAGCUCCACGCUGGCGUCCGAAAGGAGCAAUGAGAACAGGACAGACUAACUUUUAAAAUGACAUGAAGAAAUCAGAGGUGAAAACUGUACAUUGGGAAUAUAUUUAUGCAAAUUUUAUUGAAAUUUAUUGUAAAUAAAGAUUUUCUCAGUGGUCUAGAAAAUCAA